AUGGCCAGGCGCAAAAACGGUAUCCUCGACGACGGGUCUGAUUCAGACGGGUCAGCAGGCGCCGGCUCGGACGACAGCUUCAACUCUCAAGACGACGAGGACUCGCGCGCCGAGCGCCGUUUGUUCGAGCACAAGAGGAAGCGCCCACGGACCGGCGGCACAGGCAAAGCAGCUGCGUGGGAGGGCGUCUUUGGAGAGGACGAAAAUGCACCCCGGCAUCGUUCUCGCGGGGGCCUAGGUGCUAGAGGAGGCAGGACCAAGGGCGGCGAUGGUGCGCGGACCGACUUCACAAAAGCACCAAUGUUUGUCCCCAAAUCUGAACAGGCCGACAUGGCUCAAGAGGAUUCAGACAAGCCUCAUACCACCGACAUUGAGGCGGUCGAACAGCCAGAAGCCGACUCUGAAGACUCAAACUCGGGCGAUCAAAGCGAGGACUCUGACAACGGAUCGACUCGAGCCCCUUCACCCCGAGUCCGUGACGCCGGUGACUACGAUGACGAAGACGCUCGUCCACGCGUGGGUCUUGGGUCAGUCAAGUCCAUGUUUGCCACUGCCAAGCCGGCGGCCUCUGGGUCCGCUUCUCCAGCUCCAGCUGCGGCAGAGCCACCGUCAGCCUUUGGCAGGUCAGUCGCCGCAAUGCGGCUCUUUGAAGGCGGAGAAUCUUCCAGCUUUCAACCUAGCCGCUCAUCGACACCGACUCCUCGCCCUGCCGGGAAGACUCAUGAACUCACCAAGGCUGAGAAGGUCCACUUCAGCAGCAUCUCCAACAACUUUGGCGCCAGGAUGCUCGCUCAACAAGGUUGGGCUCCGGGCAAAGGUCUCGGUAUCAAUGAAGAUGGUCGUGCUGUACCCGUGGCUGUCGGACGCGUGGCCCGCGGUGAGGGCAUCAAAUCUGGUAUUCGUACCGAGGACAGCAAGCGUGAAGCAAGACGGCGUGGCGAAUUGGUUGAGGAGGAGGAGAAACCAAAAGGCGGCAAGAAGAAACCCGCCAAGUUAGACGGGCCGUCUGUUUCACGGGACGGAUGGAAGAAGCAGAAACGCAUCAAGGUCAAGGUCGAGCACAAGACGUAUGAGCAACUUCUGGCCGAGGAGGACACGACCAGGUCGGGUGUAGGCCUGGUGUUGGAUGCCCGUGGUGGAGAGAUCAAGGAGGUCGAGUCGCUGUCAGAGUUAUCACUUUCCCCCUGGGGUCCAACUUCUGAGGCCUCUCAGCUUCCCGAACUGCGUCACAACCUUCGCCUUAUCCUCGAUGGGUCAAAGGGCGAGGUCGCAAAUUUGAUACGCGAGGGCAAGUCUGUUAACGAGCGAAGGCGAUGGAGCACCAGAGAAGACGAGCGCGCACGCCAAAAGGUUGAAUCAACGGCCGAAGCCAUUGACCGCCUUGCCAACGUUCAAGCCAAGGCGGCAGAGAUCUCCGCUCUUACGACCGAGGAGUCAAGGAAAGAGAGUCCAUCAUUGAAAGGAUUGGAGGAGGCGUUCGACAACAUGAUUGUCGGCCUCAAGUCAGAGUACAAGACCCUUGCGCUCGACGAAGUGGUGGUCAGCUCUAUCGACUCGGUGUACAAGAAGGCGUUUGCGACGUGGCAGCCAUUCGACAUUUCGUCCGACGCACUGCUGUCUGCGCUCAAGCCCUGGAAGAAGGCCUUCAACCUUGCCGACGAAGAUACGAUGGACCAGUCCAAGGAGCGUACCAUGACGGCAUGGGAGGCACUCCUCUGGCACCGAUGGCUUCCAAAGGUGCGCUCCACUCUCAACAACGAGUGGGAUGCUUGGGACCCAUCGGCAGCGGUGCACCUCGUGGAAUCCUGGGAGCCGAUUCUUCCCUCGUUCAUCCGUGACAACGUCAUCGACCAGCUCAUCCUGCCGAAGGUGAUGGAUGCUGUUCAACAAUGGACUGGCCGUCCUGGUCCCAAUGGCGAUGCCAUCUCCCUGGCGUCAAUCAUUUUCCCGUGGCUGCCACUUCUUGGGGAGCGUAUUGACAGCGUUAUGGAUGAAGGCAAGCGCCGCAUCCGAUCCGUCCUGCGCAAGUGGAACAUCACCGAUGGCGUCCUCAAGGAACUCCUCCGGUGGAAGAAGGAUAUUUACUCUUCUUCGGAGUGGGACAAGCUUAUCAGUGAACAUGUCAUUGGCAAGCUGGGUUCGACAAUGCGCGAUGAUUUCACAAUCAACCCUAGGAAUCAAGACAUGAAGCCCUUGGUCGACUGGGUUCUCCCGUGGCAUCCCCUCAUCCGGCCCUCAACCUAUGCUCGACUUUUCGAGCUCGAGUUCUUCCCCAAGUGGCUCAAUGUCCUCUAUUUGUGGUUGGUCCAUCCAGGUUACAGCGGCGACGAGGUGGCCCAGUGGUUCGAGAUGUGGAAGGGAGUCUUCCCUACCGAAGUGUUGACCAAUCGCUCCAUUGCUCAUGGCUUUGACGCUGGCCUGAAGCUAAUGGACGAGGCACUGGCUUUGGGCCCCGAGGCCCCAACAAAGUUACGGAAGCCCAACUUCCAGCCGCUGCCCAGCAGCUCCAAAUCGACAAACGGCACAGCCAAGGCGAGCAAAUUUGCUCCUCGCGUUGCCAUGGAUGCCCACCAAGGAGACAUCACCUUCCGUUUCCUUGCCGAGCAAGCCAUUGCUUCCAACGAUCUCCUCAUGCUGCCUCUUGGCAAGUCUCACUCGGUCACGGGCAAACCUCUGUUCCGCGUUGGCAAAACGAUCGAGGGGAAGGGCGGCGUCACCGUGUACUUUGGGGACGAUGCGGUGUUUGCGCAGAGAGACGUCGGCGAGUUCCGUGCUGUCACUUUGGACGACCUGGUGAAGCGGGCCAGCGCGUGA